AUGGUUGAUCAGAUUACUAAACUGAAAAAGCACAUGGAUGUUAGCGUUUUGAAGGCCAGCAGGGAAGCAACGCCACCAAAGCACAGCAUGCGGUCGGAGAGGGGCUCAAUUUAUCAUCAAAUUGCUCAUCCAAGUCAGAUAAUAUUUGCUCACCCAGAAGCCUUAUUGGAAGAUAAGAAAAUUUUUCAAAAUAUUUUGAAGUCAAAGUCAUAUCAAGACUCUGUUAAAGCUAUUGUGAUUGACGAAGCACAUCUAGUGGAAGAAUGGUAAGAAUUUAUUUUAAUAUAAUACUGAGUUUUAAAUUAUAAUAUGGUUGAGGUGCAAAACAUGUAAAAAAAAACCCAUUCAGAUUGAGCCUGAACUAUAAUUAUUAUAUAGCAAGUUUCAAAGUUCACUUUUCCUAUAGUUUUAUUGAUCGAGGGUAUGUCAAGUUAGAGUCAAGAAAUUAAAAUUAAGCUGUCUCCCUCUGACUUUCCAGCGAGCAUAGGUCUCUAGAGCACUGGAGUCAGCAGGGCACCCUUGGAGAGACUCCACAGACUCAAUGGGUAAAAGAGUAGGAAGCAUGAUGAUUGUGCAUUGCAGCUGGACUUAUUAACCAUUAACAUAUCUUUUUCUUGUUUAGGAAAAGUUUUAGACCUUGUUAUGCGAAAAUUGGUAUGCUGACAAGUAUUUUUCCCAAAAUCCCAUUUUUGGCAAUGACAGCAACUGCCACAUUACAGAUGAAAAAGGAUAUUACAACCAGUCUAGGAUUGAUCGAUCCAAAACAUAUUGAGAUAACCCCUGAUCGUCCUAAUAUCUUCUUCAGCUCUUUGCCAAGACCUGAUAGAGGGGAUGAUAAGCUUCAACCUAUAUUAACUCUCCUUAUUGCAGAAUUAAAGGUAAAACGGUUGGAUUUCCCUCUGACAUUAGUUUAUGGCAACGUGCAAGUUAUUGGAGAAUGUUUUUUGUUUGCAAGCAAUAUGAUGGGGCCUUGGCAAUAUGAACCAGUACAAUCUAGCAAACAUUCAGCUAACAGACUAUUCACACAGUUUCAUGCGCAAUAUCCAGAACAUGAAUGGGAAAGGAUUAUACAGGAUCUGGUAAGUGGUCAGUCCAAGUUAAGGCUACUAUUUGUCACUUGUGGCGUUUGGUAUUGGUGUUGAUUCCAUUACAUCCAUAGGAUUAUUCAUAUUGGAGUCCCUCGUACAAUUGAGGAAUAUUUUCAAGAAGCUGGUAGAUGUGGACGAGAUCGACUUCCAGCAUAUUCCACAAUAUAUUACAACUCAUAUGAUUUAGCAUCAUCUCGUAACAUUUCACCCCACAUGAAAGAGCUUGUAACUGUGGCAGAUAAAUGCAAAAGGGAAAUAAUUUUGGAUUACUUUGGUUACAAAGUAGCAAAUUGGAUUAAACCAGAGCAUACUUGCUGUGAUUUUCAUCAACAGAAAUGUAGCUGUGAUGACUGUGUUUUGAGUUCAGCUGCUGAAAUGUUAGAAAAUGCUGAUUCUGGUGUAUUGGAUCCAUCUGUUAUUAAUGAUCCUGACUACAUGGAAGCUGUGGAAGAAAGAUCUCUUUCUCUUACAACUAAGCAAAAAGAUUUGCUAAAGGGAUACUUAUUGAUUUACAGGCAGUUCCUUCAUGGCUAUGGAAAGAGUUGUGUUGGAAGUGUUGGAUUAUCUACUGGGUUUAGUUUGGAGCUUGUUGACACAAUUAUUGCUCAUGCCAGUGAGCUGACAUCACUUGAUGAGGUAAUUAUUUGAUGACGACCAUGCUUCUGUAAUUUUUGAAAUUUUAAGGAGUAUCAAAAACACUUAAAUUAUAAACACAAACUUAGAUAAUAGGGAGCUUUAGCAGAGAGUACAAGAUUUGCUCGCAUGUGAGGAAAUCACCAUAGUCGUUCAAAUGUUGCUUUUAUAGUUGUGGACAAACAACGAAAGAAAAAGUCCAUAUAAACUAAAUCUCCUGCAGGUUAAAAUCCCCUACAAAAUGUGCAAAUAAGUCAUAACAUUAAAAACAAGCCAGAUAUUUAAUACUAAUAGAUUAUUUGUGCCUGAUAAAUGCUACAUGCAAAUUAUUUUUGAAAAACAAAAAAGGCCAGCUUUCUUUGUUUUUUUGAAAAGUCGUAGUCAGGACUACGAGAUUUCUCCACAAUUUUGUACUCAGAUGGGCAACAGCUAUGACUUUUUCGCGUCAGUACGGUAUGGCGUAAGCAUACAGCAUGCGUUUCGCUUGACAAACCUCGUACUCAUACUGACAUACUUGUAGUCUCUGCUAAAACUCCUUAAUAAUACAAUAUAGAUUGACAGAUGGGCAUACUGUAUAUGCCUGGGUAUAUGUCAGGCAAUUCUUGGGUUUGAUUACAGCAUUUUGCAGUUAAUCUAGGGGGGGGGGUCAACCUAAAAUGUAUUCAUGUUUAUGCUGUAUUGGAGUGAGCAAACGAUACAAAAUUGCAUGUAUUUGCCACCAAACACAAGGCCAACAAAUACAGUGAACAAUUAUUUCACUCUGAUGACUGUGUCUCGAGUUACCCUCCCCCUCCUGUCAAAUUUAUGAUGUCAUAUGAAAUCCAAGAAUUGUGGUAUAUUGAUCAUUCUUGAUAUUUUUAACCAUUAAGAUGCAAUUCAAGGCCAUAUAAUUUUACUCAGUUAUUAAAUGAAGAGUUUUGUGUAAGCUUAUAUAGGCAGUUGCAAUAUAUCGAUAUUUUCGAUAAAUAUCGAAAGUUGUAACUAAUCAACUUAAUCUCUGAUUAUUCGGCAAUUAUUGUUUUUGUCGGUGAAGUUUAGACACUUAUUUAUGAUACUAGGAGUUACUAUCGCAAGGAAAGUGCUGCCUUUUUUGCCACAUGAACUGAAUGCAAAAUCACUCUAAAGGGGAGUUUACUUUUGACCCAAUGAACUUAUUCUUAAAUUGCGUGCACGGAACAUGAGUAAAUAACCAACAUGAAAAAGUUGCCAUUGGGUCAAAAGUGGAUAAACGGCAUACCCAUUAGCUGACAACGCACCCCACUUUAGUAUUAACUCUGUCUCACGCCAGACAAAUUUACACUCUGCAACGCCAGACAAUUUUACUUGUCAGUUGUAGAGUACUGUCAGUAUCUGCUAAUGUCUCUUAUUAACAGCCAUUGGCUGGCAAUGCGCCAUACUUUAGUAGUUACUGUCUAUCCACUACCUGUAGGAAGCAAUUUUGUAUUGGGGGAGCUGAUUAGUCAGGGGCGAUAAUUAGGUAAUUAUAUCCCUCUCAAACUUCACAGAUUAUCGCUAGUUUACAAGUUAUUUUUUUUGGGGGGGGGGGCGGGGCUGAAGACCCCAGACCCCCGGUUGCUACGGCCCUACUAUCAACGCCAGACAAUUUUACUCGUCAGUGCCAGUAAACGACUUAAUUUCUCGUCACCCCAAUUUAAAUUUUUACGAUUUUUGUUGUUUCUAAUUGUAGAUUUUAACUUUAAAAUAUAGAUUUUAAUUCUGAAAAUCAAGAUUAAGAUAUUACAAUUUAUAUUUAAAAAAUCUCAAUUUACGAAAACAUUACUGAAAUGUUUCAUGUUUGAUCAGUAAUACCCCCCGCCCCAAUCUUGAUCCAUCCGUCACUGGGCCUGGGCCUCAUCAGACGUUGCUCAUUCGUCGUCCUUUUCAAGACCCCAGCACGUCGCUGGAGUCAAUAUGAGUAAAAUACUCCUUGUAUUAAAGCGCUUUCGUGUAGGAAGUUUCGUUUGAAUAAGGCGAGUAGAAAUAUUUAUUUUGAAUUUUUCAAAAUAUAGGGUUUUUACUCGCACACGUGCGCCACGUGUAUGCUUGGCCAUAUAUAGCCCGAUGCACGUGCAAACCCAUCCUCGUUCCCAGGGCUUCUCGGCUGCCUGUGUUGCCGUAAGGCAGCCGAGAAGCCCUGGGAACGAGGAUGGUGCAAACCAUGCCACUGGGAGUACUUUGACCUGUAGAAUCGAUUUCCGGUUUUUCCAACCCCCUAGGAUGUAAACAGCUGUUUUGAUGUACGUUUCACGGGCCGCGCUAAAAAUAUAAAUAUUCUGUAAAUACCGAAAUAAAAGAUGAAAAUCUGAAGACACAAGCUUGAAAAUAACACUGUGAAUAGUGGUUUGGAUUCUGGUUCGAAUGAGACUAUUACGAAAAAGAUAUGUCCAAAGGGGCCGAAGUUAUGUUCGGCGAAAUGUAUGGCUAGUUUACAUUGUUCGUUUAUAUAUAAUGAAAUAUGAUACCAUACCUUACUUGUUAAAAUUCGCGUCGUACUAUUAUUGUAUUAAUAUUAGGCAAAUGAGAACCAUGCAAUAAGUGUUUUAGUUCUUGUUAUUUUAAACGCACGCUUUAUCUUUACUACCACAACGUUUUUCGCGCGGAUUAUAUUUCGCGCAGUGCUAAAAUUUGCUCACCCAGCGCUGCGCGAAUUCUAGUACUGCGCGAAUUUUAAUACUGUAAGACAUAUUGUGCCAUUGUGGACAUUUGACUAAUGUCAAAAUAAAAUUAUAAUGACAAUACAUUACUCGACUUUGAACAAACAAUAGUUUAUAAAUUCUUAAACUCUUUCAUAUACAUAGUAGCCAGCGAUUUGUAGUCGGUAGCCAUAAGUAGGUAGCUGGUAGCAUGAACCCAGGCUGUUACCCUCGAUAUUUGCAACUUUAUUAAACCGGUUCAUCACAUCGAUAAAUAAACACUAAGUAUAUGAACUAAACAUACAGAUAUUACUACUUUAUGUACUGAAAAUUUCGGGUGAAACACUUAAAAGACACAUAUUUGAGUAGCCUGCUCGCAUCAUUGAAGAAAAUUUUGUUGAACAACCCCCUCAUUUUACAAACCAACUUGAAUACUUAAUGAGCCCCCUGGAAUGCCGAAAUCUCCACCGAGUGAAAAUCGCUAUUCGACUAUACAUAACUCGGCUGCGGGGACUGGACACGAAAAAGCAAGAACGUCAUGUAACGUUAAGAAUAGUGUGCUGCCGAGCUGAGGCUCGGCAGCAAUAAGUGCGUAGGCAACUGAAAUUAAAAGCUGAGUUGGAGAUGACAAAUAAACCGUUGUUAAUAAAUGUUUGAGACGUACCAUGACUGGUUUCAUGCACUUCUUUUUAACUGUUUGUGAUGCAUAUACAUGCAAGUUGACUAAAUUAUGUUUUCUCAUUUGCAUAAUUCAUAACUCUAUUUUUUUUGGUAUCAAUAUAUUGAUUUUUUUCAAUAUCGCAACUACCUAAGUGUAUAAUGGGUUAAAUAUUGGUUAUUAUCAAGGUGGCACAACCAGGCUUUGCAAGAACAUAGAACCUUAUUAACCCACAUCUGCUAGUAAAAUUGUGUGGCACUAGAGCAAGGGUUAGGGUUAGUGAACAGACGUGUGUUUUAGUGCUCCGCUUGUAUUUAUUAUAAAAGUCUACUGAAAGUCUACAGAUAAUUAUUUAUUGUGAAGCUAGGACAAAUGGAUCCGAAGCAAAGUCUAUUGCACAAUCUAGAUGUCAACACUAAAGGCAAAGUGAUUUGGACCUCAUCAUAUGAGCUCUUGCAACAAUUUGUAGAAGGUUUGAAUUUAUGCGAUGGAGAAUGGUCUUCCCCUGGUGGCGAUGGCAAACUCUUUGAAUAUGAUGAUACAUCCAUUCGGUGGUAUGUAAAGACACAAACAAUCACAGUCAGUAGGAAAAACAAGAACUGGAUCGAAAAGAAACUAAAAUCUUUAGCCUCUAUAUCAAAGAAAAUCGUUCAUAAUACCAAAUGCCGCGGGGCGCUCGGUCGUCCUGAAGCGGAUGCAAAUCCUGCUUGUAUAGUUGCAGAAGAUCCCUUAGAGAUCCUUAAAAACUUUCUUAACAAUAAACUGCAAGACCUAGCAAAAGAAUUCAGUGCUAACAUGUCAGCUGUAAACAGUACAUUGUUGGAGCACUCGAAUAGACUUGAACAACUUAAAAAUCAAGAGUCGGAUAGCGAGGCGAUCAGAUUGAAAAACGAAAAUCUUGAACCUAAAAAGGAAAAUGGGUGCUUGACGGAACAGAUAAAUAAUUUGAGUUGCACUCUAACUGACCUUCAAGAUAAAGUGAAGCAAGCGGAAGAAGAGAAAGCCAGUCUAAUUACAGCUAUCUGGCUAUUAAACAAAGAAUUAGUUGUCAACCAACCAUUAAAUAGUAGCGAGUCAACUGGAGAGAAAAUUAAUUACGACGAAGCUGACGACUGUCAACGUUGUCAACAACUGAGUAGAGCCUAUCCGGAUAUUCCAACCCAAAAUAGAUAUUCUACACUAGCGAUAUCUGGACCGCAAGUUAUCGAAGAGACUGUCGAAGCCAUUCAGAGGCAAGCCAGUGGGCAAGGAUCGCAAGCUAUCGAAGUAGAAGAGCCUGUCGAAGCUAUCCAGAGCCAAGCCAGUGGACAAGGUCAAACAUCAACAUCAACACAAGACGUCGAUAAGUCGAGCGAUAAACCGAAAUCAGUUUUGAUUAUUGGAGACUCCAUAAUUAAGCACAUAGACCCCCGAAAACUCUCCAGGUAA